UUUAAAUCAACUGUACUUCAAUUAAAAAGCAAACAAACACCACCUUUAAGAUGCGGGCAGAAGAACCGAACAUUCUUUGAGAAGAGGAAAUGCGAUGGCCAACAGGAGCAUGAAAAGCUGCUCAGCAUCACUAAUAUCAGGGGAAUGCAAAUCAAAGUCCCAGUGAGACACCGUCUCACACCUGUCGGAAUGGCCAUCAUCAAAAAGAACACAAAUAACAAAUACUGGCAAGGAUGUGGAGGAAAGGGAACCCUGGUACACUGUUGGUGGGAACGCAGAUUGGUGCAGCCACUGUGGAAAAGAACAAAUACGGAGGUUUCUCAAAAACCCAAAACCAGAACCACCACAUGGCCCAGCAACUCCAGCCCUGGGCAUAUACCCGAGAAUAAUACCUUUGUCGGUUACAGUCCCUCAGUCUGAAUGUUAACGUAUUUCAUCCCGUUAGCAAACCUGAAGCACAGACAUCGUCAAGUGUAAGGACUUGAAAGACAAGUAAAAUUUGGGAAGAAAGUAUUUUUCCUACUGCUAGUAUUGCCACCCUUAGUACAGCUCCGUUCUCAUUUUCUGUCAAGCAGAGUUCUGGUCAGCUUAUUUCCCUCCCUGUUGCAUGAUAACUGUUUCGGUGAAACUGAUGUUCCCACUGUCUUGUCUCCAGAUAAUACUGAUUUGUAAACCUCUGGAAAUACUUCUCUUGAGCCGGUUAACCUUUGCUCUUAUUAAUUGUCAUGAUUUGAUCCUAUUUAGUCUAACUGUAGAUUAUGAAGAAAUCUUUAAGCAAGACAAAUAUUUUAUCAUGGAUUAUUCAUUCUAUAUAACUGUCUUGGAGAAUGAAAAGUAUGUUCCUAAAAGCAAAUGUGUAUCGUUUUAUUUUCUCUUGGGAGUGAGUCCUUCAGUAACACUAAGAUGAAGAAAUCCCUGCAUACGUCAUAGAGUUUGUAAUCAGAUUCAGAAUUUCAUAUGCAGUGAGUUACUUUUGAAAACUAAGUUUUAUCAUCCAAGACCAGAGACACGGGGACGAGCUGUAAACGUCAGGUUGCCGCUGGCUCUCAGGGGAGUAAAUUUGGCCGCGUGGCUUACCCUUGAGGAGCUGCCCUGCAUGAAGACGGCGGCUGAGCAGCGGUAGUGUGUCUGUGCAGCACCAGGAAUCUAGGUGGACUCAGAACAGCCCUGGGAUGUGCCCGCAGGUCAAGAAUGGCCCUACUUAUAACUGUACGGAAUGUAGUUGUGUGUUUAAAAGCUUGGGCAGCCUGAACACGCACAUCAGCAAGAUGCACAUGGGCGGGCCGCAGAGCGCCGCCGGCGCCGCUGAGGCGGCCCACGUGCUCACGGCCACGCUGUUUCAGGCUUUACCUCUUCAGCAGACGGAUGUCCAAGUCACGUCCGCGUCGAGCCAGCAGGGCUCGCAGGCAGUGACGGACGUCAUCCAGCAGCUGCUGGAGCUGUCAGAGCCGGGGCCGGGGGAGGCCAGCCAGCCCCCUCAGGCUGGCCAGCAGCUCAGCAUCACCGUGGGGAUCAGCCAGGACAUCUUACAGCAAGCCUUAGAAAACAGUGGGCUGUCUUCAAUUCCAGUUGCAGCGCCUCCUAGUGAGCCCAGCCACGCCAAGACCUCGGCGGCACAGGGGCAGAAUCCUGCCGCCCCCGACGUUUCAUGUGAGCCGACGGACCCUGUGGACACAGAGCAAGGAAAAGAGCAGGAAAGCACAGAGAAGUUGGAAAAGAAGGAAAAAAAGAUUCUGAAGAAGAAAUCACCAUUUCUACCUGGCUCCAUCCGUGAGGAGAACGGCGUCCGAUGGCACGUGUGUCCCUACUGCGCCAAGGAGUUCCGCAAGCCCAGUGACCUGGUGCGCCACAUCCGCAUCCACACCCACGAGAAGCCCUUCAAGUGCCCACAGUGCUUCCGAGCCUUUGCCGUGAAGAGCACCCUGACCGCCCACAUCAAGACCCACACAGGCAUCAAGGCGUUCAAGUGCCAGUACUGUAUGAAGAGCUUCUCCACCUCGGGAAGCCUCAAAGUGCACAUCCGCCUGCACACAGGAGUCAGACCCUUUGCUUGUCCUCACUGUGACAAGAAGUUUCGAACCUCAGGACACAGGAAGACUCACAUUGCUUCCCACUUUAAGCACACGGAGUUAAGGAAGAUGAGGCACCAGCGGAAGCCUGCCAAGGUUCGCGUGGGCAAGGCCAGCGUCCCGGUCCCCGACAUUCCCUUGCAGGAGCCGAUUCUCAUAACAGACGUAGGUCUUAUCCAGCCCAUUCCAAGAAACCAGUUUUUUCAAAGUUAUUUUAAUAACAAUUUUGUAAAUGAAGCAGAUAGACCGUACAAGUGCUUUUACUGUCAUCGUGCAUAUAAAAAGUCUUGCCAUCUUAAACAGCACAUCAGGUCACACACAGGUGAGAAGCCCUUUAAGUGUUCCCAGUGUGGAAGAGGCUUUGUUUCUGCCGGCGUGCUCAAGGCGCACGUCCGCACUCACAGCGGCCUCAAGUCGUUCAAGUGUCUGGUGUGCAACGGCGCGUUCAGCACGGGCGGCAGCCUGCGGCGGCACAUGGGCAUCCACAGCGACCUGCGGCCCUACAUGUGCCCCUACUGCCAGAAGACCUUCAAGACCGCGCUCAACUGCAAGAAGCACAUGAAGACCCACAGGUAUGAGCUCGCCCAGCAGCUGCAGCAGCACCAGGAAGCCUCCGCGGUGGAUGACGGCCCCUUGGACCAGCAGGGCACGCCUGUCCCCACCCAGAUGCAGGUGGAGAUCGAGGGCUCCGCGCUGCAGCAGAGCGCCGGGGCCGUGGCAGCCGCGCCCGCCGCCCUGCUGGACCUGGAGCCGCCCCACGUCGUGGUGGAGGAGGCGGGGCUCGGCCAGCAGAUGACAGGCCAGCCCUUGGAGGCGGAUGAAGAUGGGUUUGUGGCCCCUCAGGGCCCCCUGCAGGGGCACGUGGAGCAGUUUGACGAGCAGGCGCCCCCUCAGCCAUCCUUCCAGCCGGCGGGCUUGUCACAGGGUUUUACAGUGACCGAUACAUAUAAUCAGCAGACUGCGUUCCCACCUGUCCAGCAGCUGCAGGAUUCCAGCACGCUGGAGUCUCAGGCCCUCUCCACGAGUUUCCACCAGCAGAACUUACUUCAGGUCCCCAGCUCUGACACGAUGAACGUAACAACUCGUUUGAUUCAAGAGUCAUCACAGGAAGAGCUGGACCUGCAGACCCCACGCCCCCAGUUCCUGGAGGAGAGCGAAGAGCAGAGCCGGCGCUCCUACAGGUGUGACUAUUGCCACAAAGGCUUUAAGAAGUCCAGCCACUUGAAGCAGCACGUCCGCUCACACACUGGGGAGAAGCCGUACAAGUGCAAGCUCUGUGGACGUGGCUGCGUCUCCUCUGGGGUCCUCAAGUCCCACGAGAAGACACACACAGGCGUGAAGGCCUUCAGCUGCAGCGUCUGCAGUGCUUCCUUCACCACCAACGGCAGCCUCACCCGGCACAUGGCGACGCACACGAGCAUGAAGCCGUACAAGUGCCCGUUCUGCGAGCAGGGCUUCCGGACCACGGUGCACUGCAAGAAGCACAUGAAGAGGCACCAGGCGGCCCCCUCUGCGGGCUCAGCGUCCGGAGAGGGUGAAGGAGCAGAGAUGGGUCUGGAGGAAGAGGAAGAAAAUUCCGAAAGAAAUGGGUCUAGAAAGGCUCGUCCCGAGGUCAUCACCUUCACAGAGGAGGAGACGGCGCAGUUAGCCAGAAUUCGGCCGCAGGAGAGCGCCACGGUAUCCGAGCAGGUGCUGGUGCAGUCAGCCGCUGAGAAGGACCGCAUCAGCGAGAUGAAGGACAGGCAGGCAGAGCUGGAGGCCGAGCCCAAGCACGCCAACUGCUGCUCCUACUGCCCCAAGAGCUUCAAGAAGCCCAGUGAUUUGGUCAGGCAUGUUCGAAUCCACACUGGAGAAAAGCCGUAUAAAUGCGAUGAGUGUGGGAAGAGCUUCACUGUUAAGUCUACGCUGGACUGCCACGUGAAGACCCACACAGGUCAGAAGCUCUUCAGCUGUCAUGUGUGCAGCAACGCCUUUUCCACGAAGGGCAGCCUGAAGGUCCACAUGCGCCUGCACACAGGCGCCAAGCCCUUCAAGUGUCCGCACUGUGAGCUGCGUUUCCGCACAUCGGGGCGGAGGAAGACGCACAUGCAGUUUCAUUACAAACCCGACCCGAAGAAAGGCAGGAAGCCCGUGACCCGGAGCUCAUCGGAAGGCCUGCAGCCCGCGAGCACCCUGCAGGCGUCCUCCUCGGACCCCAAUGUGUUCAUCAUGAAUAACUCUGUUCUGGCAGGACAGCUGGACCAGGGUUUGCUGCAACCCGGGCUGGUGGGCCAGGCCGUUCUGCCCGCCUCCGUGUCAGCUGGUGGUGACUGGACCGUGUCUUUGACAGACGGAAGCCUGGCCACCCUGGAAGGUAUCCAGUUACAGUUGGCGGCUAACUUGGUUGGGCCAAAUGUUCAAAUCUCUGGAAUUGAUGCCUCCAGCAUUAAUAACAUCACACUGCAGAUUGACCCAGGCAUCCUGCAGCAGACCUUACAGCAGGGCAGCUUGCUUGCUCAGCAGCUGACGGGAGAGCCCGGGCUGGCCCCACAAAGCAGCUCUCUUCAGACGCCAGACAGUACGGUCCCAGCCAGUGUUGUCAUCCAGCCCAUCUCAGGCCUGUCCUUACAGCCCACGGUGACAUCUGCCAACUUGACCAUAGGCCCCCUGUCGGAGCAGGACUCUGUGCUGACCACCAGCAGCAGUGGGACGCAAGACCUCUCUCAGGUGAUGGCGCCACCGGGCCUGGUGUCCACCUCCAGCGGCCCCCACGAGAUCACCCUGACCAUCAACAACUCAAGUCUGAGCCAGGUCUUGGCGCAGGCUGCCGGGCCCAGCGCCGGGGCGUCCUCGGGGUCCCCGCAGGAAAUCACCCUGACCAUCUCUGGUCAAGACCUUAUUCAGCACAAUUCUAACGGAAGCAGCGAGCUGAAUGGAAGCAUCAGACUGUCAGCGCCUGCCGUCAGUCAUCAGUCUACAGGUGCCACCCUGACGAUCAGCAACGAGCAGCUUCUCUCACAGAGCGCAGCGCUGGCCUCUUCAGAACUUAACACUGCAACUGGAAGCCUUCCUUCGACCACACCGAUGUCCCCAUCCUCCAUAUCUGCUCAGAACCUGGUCAUGUCCUCCUCGGGAGUUGGGGGAGAGGCCAGCGUCACCCUGACUCUGGCUGACACUCAGGGCUUGCUCUCCGGGGGGCUGGACACGGUCACGCUCAACAUCGCUUCUCAGGGGCAGCAGUUCCCAGCCUUACUGACGGAGCCUUCUCUGUCGGGCCCUGGGGGAGCAGGCUCGCCCCAGGUCAUCCUCGUGAGCCAUACCCCGCAGCCACCAUCUGCCACCUGUGAGGAGGUCGCCUACCAGGUCACGGACGUCUCUGCCAGCCUGGCCGGAGGCGGCCCGCCCGAGAAGGAGGGCCGGCUGCACCAGUGCCUGGAGUGCGGCCGCAGCUUCACGUCAGCCAGCACGCUGCUACAGCACAGCAAGGAGGCUCACGGCCGCGAGCGCAUCCACGUGUGCCCCGCCUGCAGCAAGGCCUUCAAGCGCGCCACGCACCUCAAGGAGCACAUGCAGACACAUCAGGCGGGUCCUUCUUUGAGCUCUCAGAAGCCGAGAGUGUUUAAAUGUGACACUUGUGAAAAGGCGUUUGCGAAACCGAGCCAGCUGGAGCGCCACAGCCGCAUCCACACAGGGGAGCGGCCAUUCCACUGCACCCUGUGCGAGAAGGCCUUCAACCAGAAGAGCGCCCUGCAGGUGCACAUGAAGAAGCACACGGGCGAGAGGCCCUACAAGUGUGACUACUGCGUCAUGGGCUUCACUCAGAAGAGCAACAUGAAGCUGCACAUGAGGCGGGCCCACAGCUGUGCGGGGACCUUGCAGGAGCCCGCCGGCCCGCAGGAGCACGGAGGGGAGGCACUGAGCCGCGCCCUCCACCUGGACGAGGUGGUGCAGGAGUCCCCGAGCGAGUGGCAGGCCCUGGCCAACGUGUUCUGACACAGCAGCGGCCCCAGGAUGUGUCCAGGGCUGAGUGUGGAGAGCAGCAGAGCAUUGGGGUUUCUGUUCUGAAACUUCAAGUGUUAAAAAUGUUACCACAAUAGCUUUUUUAGGUAUAAAAUUAUUUACAGAAUCACUGACUUUCAGAGACUAGUAGGAAAAACUGGGAAAGAUGGAAGCACGUCGUGCCUGUUUGUUGGCAGAUCCCUGAACUCAGGUCCCGCAGCAGCGUCACCCCCUCCGCGGCCAGUGUUCCUGGUUAAAGAGAAAUUAGCUGGAUCUCACUUGCAGUGUGCUUUCUUCGUGUUAGCAAAGAUGGACGUUAACGUGGAAAAAACAAGGUAGGGUUUCCUUCAUGCUCUCUGCUGUAAGAAGCAUAGCUCGUAACACAAACUUAAGGUAGGUGCAUGAAGUUCAGAAAAAAUGUUAGGACACAGGGAAGCUUUUUCCAUUUUUUUUCUCUGUGGACUUUGAAAUUAGUAGAAACUGACUCCUUGUAGUCUACCGUGAGUUAAUAUAGCCAAUACCUUGAGAGGCGGCUGGACCAGUUCUCUCCACGGCAAACGUCUAAUCAGUAGUUGCGAGAACGCGGUGUCUGGGGCGUGAGCCCGGGAAACAGAGCGCGCCCGACACACAGACAGGGAUCAGACUGUCCGCAGGGUGAGGCCGCACUGGCUGCACGCGUCGCCGGUCGGGCUCGCGGGCUGAGUCACUGCAGGAAGCACAGCCCAGCGCUGCACACAGGAAGCCGGAGCUGUCCCCGGAGCAGAGUGGCUGUGGCCCUGUCCCCCAGCCCGAGAAGCCGGCUUGUGCUUCAAGGAGGAGGCCCCGCACCAACACUGCGCGCUCUCGGCGUGCAUAAGCAGGUGUGUUUCUAUUUCAGGGAAUAGUCUUCAGUGUCAUCAAUGGUGCCACGUUCAACACGUCCCAAACCAAAUCCUCCCCCGUGCGGGGCGGAGGGCGCCGUUCCCACAGCAUUCCAAAGACGGAAAGUUCUCUACUUCACGUGAAUCUCUCCUUUGAAAUUAUUUAUAUGUUCUAUAUAUAAAUACAUAUGUACAUAUACAGAUAUAUGGGCCUCUGUGUGGCUGAACAGUAUAUUUUGUAAAUAGGCACUAGUCCCCGUUACAGAGAGCGCAGCAGAGUUUUUACCUCCCAGCGAGCACUUGAGAUCAGUAUUGUAUUCAUUUUACUCAUAAAUGGGGGUCCUUGUCGUUGUGACAUGGAGCUGGGGUUGGGUUUUGUUUUUGUUUUUGUUUUUUUCUGGAAAAUAAUUGCCUUUAUUUCCUCUCUCGGCCUCACUGGUUUCAGAGGAGAGCAGUUUUCUUAUAAACGUUGUAUGGACCUUGUAUAUUAAGAGAGGGGCUCAUUUCAGAUUCCUGAAGAAAAACCCAUUUCACUGUCACUUUCUGAAGGGGCAUCUCUCGGUUUUUUUUGUUGUCCACACUUUUGGGGUAUGUAUAUAAGUAAUAUCGAUGGUGAUAUAAAAACUUUUGUUAUGUGAAGAUAUUUAAGUCAGAAAACUGUCAAAUAAUAUUUCUUUUUUUUUCAAACUGCUUUGUGUAUUGUAUAUUUUUUUAAGGAAAAAAAAGCCUUAUUUGACUUAUUCUUGUGAUACUGGACUUAUAUCCUGAGGCUUUCCUUGAAUGUCAGUGUGUAUAGCUGGCUGUAGUCAGUGUAUUCAGAAUAAUUGUAAUUGUGCCAGAGUUUUAAAGGUUUGGCUUUUAAUGCACUUUUCUUUUAUAAUUUUGUAUUAAAAUAUUUUAGAAAUGUUUAUUAAUUUUGGUGAACAGAUAUCUCCAAAGUUGAAAUUAUUGAAAUUUAAAAAAUUUUGUUCUUGCUAGGUUAUUUAUUUUGGUUUUAGCAUUAAAUGUCAUCUCAGGACAGUCUCUAAAAGGGGUUUGUUCAAUUCCUGAUGAUGUGGAAAAGCGUAGCUCAGCGAGCUGUACUGUUGGUGCGCUGCCUGCCUAUGUGAGGCCUUACCCGGUGAAUCUAAAGCCUGCUUUUAUUUUGGUUAAAGAAAAAGAAAAUCUAUCAAUAAUCCAUUUUGUGAGUUUUCCGAAUUUAUUAUCAGGCAAACACAAGACCUUAAUGUAUUAUUUUUAUUUACUUCCUAAUUAUAAAAGCUGCUUCUUUGCAAAACAUUCCUUGAAAAAUAAGGUUUUGUAAAGACACACUUUCACUUGAACUCUCGGUGGAGUGGGGCGCAGGCGUGUAUGUGUGUGUUUUACUAGUUGGUAACACAGUCUUCUGACAGGAGGCUUCUGGCCUCCUGCAUAACCAGGGUUUUGAGGAUAGAUAAUUGUAUUUUUUAAACUAUUUCAUCAUAGCUUUGGAAUAAUAAUAAAUAAAAAGUGGAAGUUAGGAAAUGUGACUUUUUUUCUUCUAAAAUAUUUUAUAUCAGACAGUUUGGCACAUGA